UACUAAGAAUAGUAGGCAGCCCUGGUCGCACUUCCAUUUUCUAUUCGGUUGGCGUGUGUGAAUUGAGAAGAAAUAAUUUUCUGUUGGAUUUUCAGGACAUACCUAUUAGGUAAAAAGUUGUGAGACAUUUCAUAAGAUCGAGUUAAAAGUGUUAAUCAUACAAAGGAAAAAAAUCGCACAACAAAAAUGUGUUUAAAAGAAGAGAAGAAAGUAAACUAAGGUGGAAAUUUGUGCAAAAAUUUCACGCUUUAUACCGGUGUGGCUGGUAUUGAAGAAGAGCACAGAGCACACAGUUCUUAAUAUACAUACACAUUAUUUUUAAUUGAAUGCGGUUUUUAGCGGGGGAAACGAAAAUAAAGAUAAUUAAAAACUGAAAAGUUAUAAAUUGGUAAUUGAUUGCCAUGGCUGACGGUGCCGUUUUAGACCUGUACGCUGAAGACCUGGAUAAAGAUUUUGCCGCGCAGAACCAGGAUGAAUUUGCUGCUGAAGGUGUUGAUUUAUAUGACGAUAUAGGGGGUCCGACCGAAUCUUCAGCUACAGCUGGGGGGACUGUCUCUGUCAAUGCUGGCGAUAAUGUUGCAGCAGUCGCUGGUGGUGAUUCGGCCGGAAACGGUGGCGGGUCCAAUGGUCUAUACCAUCAAGGUGGUGGUAGUUUAACGCCCAAUCAUAUGGGGCGGCGUUAUCAACUAUAUGUCGGUAACUUAACUUGGUGGACAACUGACCAAGAUAUUGCGAAUGUUAUGCGCGAAAUUGGAGUAACCGAUUUCCAAGAGGUAAAAUUUUUUGAGAACAGAUCAAAUGGUCAAUCGAAAGGCUUCAGCGUUAUAUCACUGGGAUCUGAAGCAAGCUUACGUCUGGUUUUAGAACGUUUGCCGAAAAAAGAGCUUCACGGGCAAGCUCCGGUGGUAACGUAUCCGACUAAACAGGCGCUAAACCAGUUUGAGAGUUUGCAGAAGACGCGCCCAGUUCCACCGUCACAACAGAAUGGACCGCCACGUGGUCCCGCACCUCCGAACAUGGGUGUGGGGGGACCAAUGCCGCCACAUCCUGGUGGACAAGGGGUACCCCCUGGCCAUCCACCACGUAUGAUGAAUCCCAAUAUGGCGCCAGGCCAAUACCGGCCACAGCACAUACAGGGUCCACCUGUAGGACCGAAUGCAGGGCCCCCACGUAUGCAGUUCCAGGGUCCCCCAGGAGGAAUGCCAAUUCGUGGGCCACGUCCAGACUGGAGUAGGCCACCUAUGCAUGGAGGCUUUCCGCCUCAAGGUCCACCUGGAGGUCCACCACAAGGACCACCGCACAUGCAAGGACCCCCACGUGGUCCGCCGGGCGGCCCGCCCCAACUAGGCCCUGGCGGCCCUCCAGGUGGCCCUCACGGAGGCCCCGGUGGACCGGCACCACACGUCAAUCCAGCCUUCUUUGCCCAGCCAGGUGGUCCGCCGCAACAUCCUGGAGGUCCACCCAUGAGUGGCCCGCCACACGGCCCACCAGGACCGCCACAACAGGGAAUGGGCAUGCCGCCACAACAUGGCCCACCACCACAUUUUGCUCAACAAGGAGCACCGCGAGGCCCAUGGCCGGGACCAGCACCGGCAAAACCGCAAGGUCCAUUCCCUGACCAACCAAUUGGCCCACAGUUAUCGGAGGUAGAAUUUGAAGAAAUCAUGGGCAGAAAUCGCACCGUUAGCAGCUCAGCUAUAGCCAGAGCCGUUUCAGAUGCGGCCGCCGGGGAGUACUCCAGUGCUAUUGAAACUUUGGUAACGGCAAUUUCGCUUAUCAAGCAAUCGAAAGUGGCACAUGACGAGCGUUGUAAAAUAUUGAUCAGCUCUUUGCAAGAUACCUUGCAUGGCAUCGAAACAAAAAGUUACAAUCGUCGUGAGCGUUCACGAUCUCGGGAACGUACCCAUCGCCCUAGACAACGCAGGGAACGCUCAUCAUCUCGUUAUAGAGAACGUUCACGUGACAGAGAGCGCGAACGCGAACGCGAUCGUGAAGGGGGAUAUAGAGAACGCUCUAGAAGCCGGGAACGUGAACGUCCCGUACCAGAUCACUACAGAGAUGACAGUAGCUCUAGCCGUUCCGCACGUCCCCGGAAAUCGCCUGAAGCAAUCGCUGAAGCAGUCAGCGAUGUACCAUCUAAGCGCAGCUAUUAUGAGGAACGUUAUCGGUCAUCAGAUCGCGACCGCGAGCGUGAUAGAGAGCGGGAAAGGGAGCGUGAUAGAGAUCGAGAUCGGGAAAGGGACCGUGAUCGACGCGAGGAACAUCGCUCACGACAUUAAAAAUUCAGUGCAGCAAAAGAACAACCCAAUUCAGCACUUGCAACAAAUUAAAUCAAUGUACACAAGAAGAGUAGGUCGACGGUAUGCAUUGCGAAGAUUCAAAAGAAAAUAAUCCACACUUAUUCAACUUUUACGACAGGCUCCAUUGCAAAUUCUGUUUGCGAAUUUACACUUUCAAUUGAUUACUAUUAUUUUAAAUAGAUUUAAAUGGUCUAAACAAGUAAAAUAUAAAAUAACAUAAUUGCAAAGGAAUCGCAAUGUGCGGUUUCAUAACAGACGAAUUCGAAUGGAAUCCAGAAUUAGCUCAACCGAAUCGUCUCUAUAAAAAUAUAUAAGGAAUUAUACAUACACAUAGAUGUAAACUCUUAAGUCGGAAACUAUCAACUUGAAAUGCAACAUGUAAUCUUCAACCAAGGUUUUAGCAGGAAAAUAAGCAGAAAUAAAGUAUGGGGAAAUACACAGCAGUUAUAUCAUUACAUACCCGCAUUAUCCAAAACUUAUGUGAAAAGAGAGAGUAUUGCGAACGUCGAGCAAUUUCGGAGGACGCCCGAUUUAAGAUUUAGUAAGUGGAACUGUGGAAAUACAACAGUUGGCGCCAGUAGUUAUUUGCGGAUUUAUUCCUGCGAGUGCACAUCAGAAGAAGAAGAUUGUAUAUUGAUAUUUCCAUUAAUUAAUAAAAAAUAUUUUAAAAUGUUAAAUUCCAAACUACUGUAUUGUCUUUUAUGCUUAUAUAUUUACAUACAUAUAAAAUCUUUUGUGCUGAAUACCUUUACCAAUAUUUAUAUAUGCACCUCUGUUCUGUGCGUCGCCAUGAUUAUUGUUACUUAUUAUUUCGGAACCCUAUUACAUUUAUUAUUAUUAUUGUUAGCUUCUUUUCAUAGUAUUUUCAAUGUUUCAUUUGAGUUGUUUGUAAUAUAUCCUUACAAAUACUAACAUAAAGCAUCCUAACACUUAACUGAUUGCACACAAUACUAACAAGAACAAUCUAUAGACAUUCAACUACCUACCGUAUACUACCGAAAUAUUGGUAUUAGACAGAGAUCGCAAAUAACAGUUAAGCAGAAAAAAACUUUUUAUGCGUAACGGUAUAAAAUUUAUAUUUCCGCGUUCUCAGUGUCUGUUGGUCACAUAUUGCAAUUUGUUUCUCAUUGGACAAUACCAUAAUAGCCCUAUUUACCGUUGUUAAUAAGUGAAUACCUCUGUUUAUCCCCUUGACUAAGUGCGAUUAUAUUUGAAAGUGAAAACUGUUAUUUCCGAUUUCUGGUAUUGGAAUUGUAAAUUAAAAAUUUACGGGGCAUGGUUUACACAUUUUGAUUGUAACUCCAAUGGGCUGCGAUUUUUUUUUUUUUUUUUGAAAUAUUGAACUAUGUCUUUUAAUAACGUAUGUACAUUUGCAAUUACCUCUUGACAUAGGUAUAUAAUGAUUUCAUUUCUAUAGAUUUUUCCAACUCAUGUACACUUCGAACAAAAAUAUGUAUCUGAAAUUGUAUAAUGCAAUGCAUGUAGGUGUUUACACUUACCUGGUUAUUAGGUUAUCUGGUUAAAAAUUGUUCUAUAUUGUAUUUGAUUGUUGUAACUGAAUAAGAAAUAUGGCCACAUAACCUGAUAACCAGACAGGUGUGAACACCCACAUUUUGAUUUUAAAGUGUUUGCCAUAAGGGUUGCGAUUGUUAUUUCAAUUUUGUUCCUAUUAGAACGUUUAAAAGUGAUAAAAAAAUGUAAAAACAGUUACGUUGUUACUUAAUUUUAAGUGACCGAUAUAAUGUAUUUGAGAAAGAUUCAUUUUAUUUUCAUUUCCUUCGAAUUGACCAACGCUUACACACAUAAAAAAGAUAUCUAUAAGAAUUUUGUAAAAAAAAUAACUAGUAAUAUUAAUUUUAAAAUGUACGGUUUUAUUAGUUAUUCGAGUACUUUCGAGGCAAACGAUCUCAAAUCCUAUCAAAAUACUUGAUACUUAUUAUAUUAUUAUUAUGAUAGCAAAUCGUACACGUAGUUUAAACAUUUUA